UCCUGAGGGUCACCUUCACUCUGACGUGUGCAGCAAGCAUGUCUUGACGGAAGACAUAGUGCACCGGGAGGUGACCCCUGACCAGAAGCUCCUGUCCCGGCGACUUCUGACCAAGACCAACCGGAUGCCCCGCUGGGCUGAGCGACUGUUUCCGGCCAAUGUUGCUCACUCGGUGUACAUCCUGGAGGACUCUAUUGUGGACCCACAGAAUCAGACAAUGACCACCUUCACCUGGAACAUCAACCACGCCCGGCUGAUGGUGGUGGAGGAACGAUGUGUUUACUGUGUGAACUCUGACAACAGCGACUGGACCGAAAUCCACCGGGAAGCCUGGGUCUCCUCCAGCUUGUUUGGCGUCUCCAGAGCUGUCCAGGAAUUUGGCCUCGCACGGUUCAAAAGCAACGUGGCCAAGACCAUGAAGGGUUUUGAAUACAUCUUGGCCAAACUGCAAGGUGAGGCCCCUUCCAAGACACUUGUUGAGACAGCCAAGGAAGCCAAGGAGAAGGCGAAGGAGACGGCGCUGGCAGCUACGGAGAAGGCCAAGGACCUGGCCAGCAAGGCAGCCACUAAGAAGCAGCAGCAGCAGCAGCAGCAGCAGUUUGUGUAGCCAGCCCACCGCUGCCACGCACCCUGGACAGCUCGGCUUAGCUCCCUCUGCCCCUCCUCGUUAGACUUGAUUAUUAAAGAUCAAUUCCAGCCCUGUCUCCUGUCCAGCGGGUGGGCUGGGCGGUGCCUGGGUUGACGGCCGUGCACCAGGCAUGUCACCCGUGUCUGGCCGGGCCUGCUUCCCCCACGGGGCAGCUGAGGACAGUUGCAGAAGUGUGGUGGCUUGCCCGGGCCACGGGCAGCGUGCAGGUGCAGCGGCAACAGGCGCCAGGCUGGAAGCCCCACGAGGGCAGGGCUCUCGGUGUUGUUCUCUGAUGUGUCCCACAUACCGGAACAGUGUCACACACAUCAUAGGCACUCAAUAAAUGCCGAAUUCAGCCGCUCCAGGUCUGGAGUGGGAACGCUC